GCGAAAAUGAGUUAGUUUCGUCGCCUUAUCACAUGUCGUACAUAGUAUCUUGUGAAAGGCAAUUAGAUUAAUGGACAUCCAUGCCACGCAUUGCAGACCCAACGCCGAAAGAUCGCAACACCAUGGAACCAUUCAAAAACGAAAAGUCUCAGUUGAACAACGUGCCUAUCAUGGCCAUGAAGAAACGCUAUGUGAAGCGCCUGGUGCGCAAAGUGAUAUUCCUAUUGCUAACCGUAGCCUUCAUCUCGCUAGUCACUACAAUGAUCGUUGAGAAACGUCUGAGCAAUGGCAAGCCUUCGAACGAGGUUGACGAAAGUAAUUUGGAUCCGAACGGAGAUGCAAUAACACCUGAAUUCAGGGCUGCUAACAUCGUGCCGACACGUCGAGCACCUCGUCCGCCGUUCCAGGAUCGAAAUGCUGUACGUGAGGAGCAGACACCGAAAGAGAAAGAGAACACAGUUAAGAUGUUUACCUUGCCAACGCCACAAGGUGAACGCAAAGAUUGGAAUGACUAUCAGGCCAUGGAAGAUGACCAAAAGCGCUCAGGCACUGGAGAACAUGGUCUGCCGGCCAAGAUUGAGGAUCCUGCUGAGAAAGAGCUGGAAGACAAACUGUAUAGAAUGAAUGGCUUCAAUGGACUGCUAUCCGAUAAAAUAUCAGUGAAUCGUUCACUUCCCGAUGUCCGCAGAGAAGAAUGUAAGACACGUCAAUACUUAGCAAAGUUGCCCAAAGUUAGCGUCGUGAUCAUUUUCUUCAACGAACACUUCAAAACGCUUCUGCGUUCCGUUUAUAGCAUCAUUAAUCGAAGUCCGCCAGAGCUACUCCAGCAAAUUGUGCUUGUCGAUGACGGGAGCGAAUGGGAAUCGCUAAAACAGCAAUUAGAUGACUACGUCUCCCUUCACUGGCCAGAUCUGGUUGAUGUGGUUCACAAUCCCGAGCGACUUGGCCUGAUCGGGGCACGACUGUCUGGCGCCAAAGUAGCUACUGCUGAGGUUAUGGUCUUCUUUGACUCUCACAUUGAGGUCAACUACAACUGGCUGCCCCCGCUACUGGAACCCAUUGCCAUUAACAACAAGAUAUCUACAUGCCCCAUCGUAGACAUCAUCGAUCACAGCAACUUUGCCUACAACGGAGGCUAUCAGGAGGGAUCCCGAGGGGGCUUCGAUUGGCGAUUUUAUUACAAACAGCUGCCAGUGCUGCCGGAGGACAGUGUAGACAAAUCUCAGCCAUAUCGCAGUCCAGUCAUGAUGGGCGGCUUGUUUGCCAUCAACACUGAAUUCUUUUGGAGUCUGGGAGGCUACGAUGAUGAGCUCGACAUUUGGGGUGGUGAACAGUACGAGCUGAGCUUCAAAAUCUGGAUGUGUGGCGGCAUGCUGCUCGAUGUACCGUGCUCCCGUGUGGCCCACAUAUUCCGCGGUCCCAUGGAUCCACGGCCAAAUCCCCGCAAUUAUAACUUUGUUGCAAGGAACCACAAGCGAGUUGCAGAGGUUUGGAUGGAUGAGUACAAGGAAUAUGUCUACACUCGAGACCCGCAGACCUAUGAUAGUAUCGAUGCUGGCGAUUUAAGGCGACAACGUGCGAUUCGAGAGACAUUGCAAUGCAAAUCCUUUGACUGGUAUAUGAAGGAGGUCGCACCCGACUUUCUCAUCAAGUUUCCGCCCAUCGAACCUCAACCCUAUGCAUCGGGUGCUAUUCAAAGUCUGGCUUAUCCCCAGCUAUGUCUCGACGCUAUGAACUUGGGUACCAGUAAUCCGGUGGGCUUGUAUUCCUGCCACAGCAAUCUCACAUUACCUGAAGGAAACCAAAUGUGGUUACUCACUGCAGACCGCGAGUUGAGACGCACUGGUAAUGAUGAAUGUCUUGAUGUCCAAGACUCCCAAGCAAAUGCGACGGUCUGGAUGUGGGACUGUCACAAUCAAGGAGGCAAUCAAUUCUGGUACUACGAUCGUCAGCAUCAGUGGAUUGUGCAUGGUAAGGGUGGCAAUCGCUGCAUGGAAGCAUUUGUUGAGAACAACGUGAACGCGGUUUACACUAAUGAUUGCCAGGAGAACAAUGACCGACAACGAUGGAACUUUGGCGUUCUCAAUCACGAGCUAUUAGAUCGAUUCUUCGAUAACAUUUAAGCUUUGUUCAAAUUGCCAGCAGACUAAAGAUGAAGUCAACUAUAUAGUGUGCACAAGUUUUGAUAAACUUAUUAUAGUUUCUUAAUAUGGUUCCAUUUUUAUUGCAGGUGUUUAAAAUACAAAUUUGACUUUAGUAUCAAAAUAUUAUUGUCAUUAUG